AUGCAUACUACUAGACCAUUAUUUAAACCCCUACCCCUCUGUCACGCAGUCGAUCUAGGCUGGCGCCUCCUAGUAAUGGCACACAAAAGAUCACAACGUAAAAUUGCCUACCUGCCACCUGCAGUAGGAUUGAAAAUAUGCCAAUUUCUCAAUGUCACGGAGUCGGUGAAUUUCUGCAUGAGUGUUCCGAGCAUGAGGUGGCUCCUUUCAGCACACCGAUUCACCGCUGAGCUGUGUCAGCGCAUUAACCAAUGGACCUGGCUGGACAAGCAUCUUUGCCACCUACUCUUCUCACAACCUUCACCAACUUCUUUCCAUAAUACUGCUGAAGCCAUUCGCUAUCAGCUGGAGCAAAGUGACGCCUGUCAGCGCCUUUUAUCCAUGCUUGAUCAAGAGCAGGGCCACAGGACUAUACACUUUCGUGUUUUGCCAGACUUUAAUGCAAGGCUGAUGUCGAAUUUGGAAAGAACAGUACAGUCGAAAGCACUGCACUUUAAAUCUACUGAUGACACUUCACUGAACAAGUUGUCAUUGCGCACACACAUCGUUUCUGUACAAGACUGCAUCUUCACUAGUGAUGCUGCUGAUAAAGAAAUAAGAUGCAUUUCCAAAAGAACCAUGCCUGAUUAUGGGCCCAUAGAUACCACACAUUCAAACACCCGAGAUGGACUGGACUACUACGACUGCAUAAUCUAUUUGGUAGACCCUUCGCGCUUCCUCGAGGAUGAUUUAACGGCCACCUUGGAAUCUCUUGCACCUCACCAAAUAUUGGUUGUUGCAGUCCUCAUCAAUGGAAGGAGAAACAAGUCAAGCGAGAUGGACUGUCUCGUGAGAUUCCUUCACGCCCUUGGCGACUUCCACAGCUGUCCACUGGCUGCUGCACCAACGAAUUGGCGACUGUGGUGUAUCAAGCUUCAUCGAAUGAACUCCAUCAACUGGUCUGAUCUACUAAAGUGGGCCUGUUACGACGUGAUCUGCAAAAGGAUUGAUAGUGGUGAAGAUGGCCACUCCUUACCGUCCAAGAGACAACGUAAAUCAUUGUAA